AUACGGCCCUAAACCACCACCAUGUGUGACGACGACACGUGUGCCCUGGUUGUGGACAAUGGCUCCGGCAUGGUCAAGGCUGGCUUCGCCGGCGACGACGCUCCCCGCGCCGUAUUCCCCUCCAUCGUCGGCCGUCCUCGUCACCAGGGUGUGAUGGUCGGUAUGGGUCAGAAGGACGCCUACGUCGGUGACGAGGCCCAGAGCAAGCGAGGUAUCCUGACUCUCAAGUACCCCAUCGAGCACGGCAUCAUCACCAACUGGGACGACAUGGAGAAGAUCUGGCAUCACUCCUUUUACAACGAACUGCGUGUUGCCCCUGAGGAGUCCCCCGUCCUCCUCACUGAGGCUCCCCUCAACCCCAAGGCCAACCGUGAGAAGAUGACCCAGAUCAUGUUCGAGACCUUUAGCACUCCGGCCAUGUACGUGGCCAUCCAGGCCGUGCUGUCCCUGUACGCCUCUGGUCGUACCACAGGUAUCGUGCUGGACUCUGGUGAUGGCGUGUCUCACACUGUCCCCAUCUACGAAGGUUAUGCUCUUCCUCACGCCAUCCUGCGUCUUGACCUGGCUGGUCGUGACUUAACUGCCUAUUUGAUGAAGAUCAUGACUGAGCGUGGCUACUCCUUCACCACUACAGCUGAAAGAGAAAUCGUUCGUGACAUCAAAGAAAAGCUUUGCUAUGUAGCUCUCGAUUUUGAGAGUGAGAUGAACGUGGCUGCUGCUUCAUCCUCCCUUGAAAAGUCCUACGAACUUCCCGACGGUCAGGUCAUCACCAUCGGCAACGAACGUUUCCGUGCUCCCGAGUCUCUGUUCCAGCCUUCCUUCCUGGGUAUGGAAUCUGUUGGUAUCCACGAGACCGUCUUCAACUCCAUCAUGAGGUGCGACAUUGAUAUCAGGAAGGACCUGUUCGCCAAUAACGUUCUUUCUGGUGGCACCACCAUGUACCCUGGUAUUGCUGACCGCAUGCAGAAGGAAAUUACUUCUCUGGCUCCCUCCACCAUCAAGAUCAAGAUCAUUGCUCCUCCCGAGCGUAAGUACUCCGUCUGGAUCGGUGGCUCCAUCCUGUCUUCUCUGUCCACCUUCCAGGCCAUGUGGAUCACCAAGGAGGAGUACGAUGAGUCUGGCCCCGGCAUUGUCCACCGCAAGUGCUUCUAAAGUAUUUUUGGAUAUUUAUAGCAUUUUUCAUGGAAUUAAUAAUGCCGUUCACCCAUAAUAGUGUUAUUUUAUUAUGAUAAUUAUUUUGAUACCAUUUUUUGUAUCGUCUAUGAAACAGAACAUUUAUAACCUCUGUACCAUUAAAGUAUAAUAAAUAUGUUACCGAGGAUCCUGAC